GUCGAGUACGGACGUGCGUACGCUGCUUGUAACGAAUAGUCUAUUCUUGACUUACGCGACGUGUUGAUAACAAUGAGUUCCGAGCCACUGAUAGUCAACGAGGUGUUAGCAUUCUUGAAGUAUGCCGUCGAAAUUCGAUUGGACGACUUCAGCAUCAUGCAGGCCUGCAUGUCUACCUACAAGACAAAAGAGAUAAAGAUUGCAAGAUUGAUACUGUUCACGACGCUUCACAGAUAUAACCAGAUUCCGUGUCGCAAGCAAGAGAGUACUGAGGAUAUUCUUAUGGAUAUUAUUAUCCUGAUGAAGAAAACUGACCCGUAUGACUUGCUCACUUUCGUGGCGCAGGACCUGUCUAAGUUACCUUCACCCAAUACGUUUGAUAUAACAAGGAUUUUUGAGGAUAUCACAUCCCUGAAAGACAGCGUGGCUGAACUGAAAACAAGAUUGGAGGUGUCAAAUAGCACCAUAAGCGACUUGCGCGCCGAGGUAGCGCUGUUACGCAGCUCUAUUUCUGUAAGUAUAUCACCUGAUCCUUGCAACAUGAACACAGUACGCGAACCAGCUAACGCUGCGACGACCCGUAAGUCAAUGGUGACAAGUGUGUCCCCAGUUGAAACUGAAAGCGUCGCCAUACACGCUGCUGCCACCGGUACUUCCGUACUGGUGCAAGUACAGGAACGUAUCGAUACGUUGUCCGCAAAUUGUGCCUAUGCAAAUGGCGCCAGCGCUAGCCAGUCGGUAACAUCACAGAAAAAGGAAGUGGUCCAAACAAAACGGGACCAAGCAAACCAGACCAGUUCGAAAAAGGACACAUGUGACCAUGGCGGCUCUAUAAAGGUGGAAAAGAAAAAUAAGAAGAAGAAGCCUCUUUGCCGGAACCAGCGUGGUACCGCGCCGAAAGAUCCCGAUAUGGUGCUACGUUCAGCAAUACCCACGACGCAGCUGUACUUGUCCCGACUGCAUCAUUCCAUGACGGUAGAGGACGUUGUCGAAUAUAUACAAGAGCAGACAGGCUGGACAUUGAGAGUCGAGAGGUGUCCAGAUAAUGUGAUGGAACCCGCACCACAAACGACUUAUAAUUCAUCUUGUAGCGCGACUCCAACCUCUCGACUCUCAAUGUCCAGCCUAUCUGCUCUUGUAUAUAUUUGACGACGUCCUCUACCGUCAUGGAAUGAUGCAGUCGGGACAAGUACAGCUGCGUCGUGGGUGUUGCUGGACGUAGCACCAUAUCGGGUUCUUUCGGCGCGGUACCAUAUUGGUUCCGGCAGUGAGGCUUCUUCUUCUUCUUUUUCUUUUCCACCUUGAUGAAGCCAUCAUCGUCACAUGUGUCCUUUUUCAAACUCAUCUGGUUUGUUUGGUCCAGUUUUAUUUGAACCACUUUCUUUUUCUGUGAUGACACCGACGGGCUAGUGGUGGCGACAUCUGCAUAGACACGAUUAGCAGUCAACGCACCGACACUUGCCGGUUCUUGCACUAAUGCGGAAGUACUGUUGGCGGCGGCGUGCGAGGCUACGCUUACAGGUUCAACUGGUGACACAGUCGCCACCACCGAUUCACUGCCGGUUGCAGCGGGCGGUACUUCACAUCCUGCGUUCACAUUGGAAGUAUCAGGUAACUUACUUGCUGAAGCAGCACUGCGCAAUUGAACUACCUCGGCACGUAAGUCACAUAUAGUAUUAUUUGACUCCUCCAACUUUGACUGCAGUUCGGCCAGGCUGGUUUUCAUGGUUUUGAUAUCGUUAAGAAUCUUAGUGACGUCGAAGUGGUUAAACUCAAUGUUCAAGAUUUUAAAAACAUCUUUCACCAUGAAAUUAGGCAAUUCAUCCGGGUCAAUCUCCUUCAACAGGGUAACAAUAUCCUGGAUAAUAUCGUCGGUGGUAUCUCUCCGGCGAGCCGGGAUCUGGUCAACUUUGUCGAGCGUCUCGAACAGUAGCGAUCUUGCACUGUUUAUCUCGACUUUCUUGAAGGCACACUUGCAGAGGUCCAAGAGGUGGCCCUCGUCAAAAUAUUCGUAGACAUUCUGCAACAAUGCUAGCACGUCGUUAAGUAUGGGUGUUUGAGUACUCAUAAUUAUCAGCACGGGCAGCGGCUAUAGCCGCGCAAGUCGCGAAUAAACAAUUCGUUACAAGCAGCGUACGCACGUCCGUACUCGACCGUGCAUCGCGCUAAACUACUAAACCCAGAACCCAGUCACAACAUAAGUUUACCAGUCCCGUGGAUCAAGUUGCGAUUCUUUUGUUUGGCGGUUAUGCCUA